ACCGUUUGACUUCACUUAAAAACAUCCGCUUUUACAAGAUGUAUGCAUGGCCAGGAAGCUUGUAUUUUCAUUUUUUUCAUGAUGACUUCGACAUUCUUUACUUCCGCGUAUGAGUCAGCGUUCUUGUAAAUGCAGAACAUCGUCUGACGGCCUAUUUUGGUUGAUACAUGUCCUGAAAGCUGAAACACUACAAGGCCAUGAAAUUCAAAGGAUUCUGGUUCUCGAUGCUGGUAUAUAACUUCGCUUUUCUCUUACAAGGUACUGCUGGAUUUUUCUUGAAACAUGUUGAAACAGGAAAGUGUAUUUAUGAUACAAAGAUAGUACAGUCAAGAUAUCCACCACCAACUGGGGGAGAAAGGACACUUCACUUCUUGGAGCUUUCCGACAACUGUCUUCAUCCAGCAUCUCAGUUCAAAUUUCUAAAUAAUGAUGCCUUAUUGAAGUUGAACGUACCAGGUUGUCUUCAGGGAGUUUAUAAGGCAGGAAAUAGUUACUAUCUUGAUAUGCUAUAUAUCCACACUGAUACACACAACAUUAAUGACGUUGCUUGUGUCAACAACAAUGCUGUAACCCAAACCUCUUGGGGAGGUCUAGCAACGCGGUACGACCGUGCUGGAUAUCAAUUUCGAUAUUUAAGACCUCGUACUUCUAAAGAACUAAAAGACAUUCAAGGAGUUGAUCCUUAUUUGAAAAUGGCUAGUUGUAAAUUUACACCAAAAAAGCAAUUUCAUUUCGGUUCCGUGACUUGCGCUCGACAAAAAAUAAUGUACGCCAGCUGUCGUAAAGGACAAUAUAUGGUAGUAAAGACUGCAGAAUAUCGUGGAUUGAACCAAGGAAAUGUUUGUGGUUCAAGUUACUAUUACAACUGUAGUGUUGAUGUUACAUGUCGUCUAAAAAGACUUUGUGAUGGCAAACGAGAAUGUAAUGUAACUGUCGAUGAUAACCUUUUCUCUUCAAAAAGUUGUCCUGGUUUGGACAAAUAUCUUUACUUUGAAUAUCAAUGUAACUCUACCAUGACGUCAUUCAAUGAAAUUUGCAUUGAAGAUAUUCAGUUAUCACAGUCGACAUUACCCAGCGAAGGUUUUGUGAAACUUUUUACCAAAGAUGAUGGGGAAUUCGCUGUCUGUAAAAGUUCCUUGGAAAAUGUCAAAGAUAACGUUUGUCGUUUUCUUGGCUACCCUAAAGCCGAUCAAAUAAGGGGUCAGACUUCCGGUAGUUCAAUGUCUAAAGCUGGAGAAGUAAACUGCAGAGCUACUGUGGCACCUUCAUUUCUAUGUACGGUUACACCAAGUAGUGGCUGUUCCGAGUAUUCAAUUUUGAAAUGUCAUGUUUGUGAUGAUCCGCUCUUACAAAACACACAAAAGUUCCCGGACUCCUUGUUUACUGUCUCAACCUCCACCCAGAACCAUAGUGCUGCUAAAGCAAGAAUAUCCAGUGGCAGUUCGUGGUGUGCUCCUGUUGCAGAUGGCAAUCAUUAUCUUCAACUGAAUUUCCCAAGUCUUUAUACAGUUAACGCUAUCGCAGUCUUUGGAGACAGUUCAAAUUCAAGCUUUAUAACUGAAUAUCACUUGCUUACAAACAUUGACGGUGUUAACUGGAACUCUGAAAAAUCCAAAAAGAUUAUACAACGAAAUUGGAAUGGUUACAAUGAUGUAGCUAUAGAGAAAUUCUCUCGUGGCAUUAAAGCCAAAAGUUUACGAAUAGUUCCGGCGAAGUCUAUUGGUAAACCGUGUUUACGAAUUGAAGUUUGUGGGGGAGACAUGCUACCAGACAAACCAACAAAUCUUACUGCGAAUAAAGUUGCAUCAAGAUACCUCAAGAUAUCCUGGAAAGAUCCCGAAGUCACUGGUGUGAAACUUGGCACAAAUAUCUUGAAUCCUCUGACCAAAGUUCGAUUAAUAGUGCUUAGGGAUACUGUCGUUAUUUUUAAUAAAACUUGGGAAGCAACUCUAAUUAAACCUUACAAAUUAGAGAAUCUUAUUCCUUACACAAUGUAUUUAAUAAAUGUAACCGCUGGCAACUCUGAAGGUUUUGGUGGAUCAAUUACAGCUAGUUUUACCACUGCUGAAGAUGUUCCCGAAGGUCCACCUUUAAAUGUUAACAUUUUCGCCAUCAGCAGUUCAUCUUUAUCAGUCACGUGGAAGCCACCUGAUAUAGCGAAAAGAAAUGGAAAGAUAGUCAGUUACACUGCUUGUAUUACGCAAUUGGAGAAUGAAACGUGUUCAAUGAACUAUUCCAUCGCGGAACAGCGUUUGGACAUAAAUAAUGUGAAACCAGGGACAAAAUAUUAUGUUCGCGUUUUAGCGUCUACGAUAGUGGGAUCUGGAAUUUACAGCAAUAGUACAUGGGCAUUUUCAAAUGGAUUGGCACCUGAACAGCCCACGACGCAUGGAAAUACAUUGACUUAUUUGUUGCAAAAUCCAACUUUGGAAUAUCGAUAUUUUUUCGUAGUCGUGAUGGAAUAUGGCGAAGAAGAAAAUCUAUUGCCUUCUAACUUCAAAAACACAGACUUAGUGACUUAUUCUGAGGCCAUUGCCUCCGCGCAACCAACGCCGUAUAUUGCCGCGGUAAUGUCUCGCGGAAAUUUUAAGUCUGAGUUCACACUUGGGGAUAGCGGAAACACAAGUCUUGCAGGGACAAGAAGACGGCGUUCUAAUGGUAAAAUUUAUUAUAAUGGCCCGCUGAAGCCCGGCACUAACUACAGAAUAUUUCAACGCGUUUUCUUAAACGAUGAGGCGGAUUAUUAUUCCACUGACUGGAGUCCAGUGGUAGCAACUGCUCAAAAGCGGAAAUCAACAGGCGGCGGAAAUCCUGGAGCUAUUGCAGGUGCAGUUGUGGCUGCUAUUUUGGUCAUUAUUCUCAUCGUAUUCGUCAUUCUGUUUAUUAGAAGACGGCGUAAUGGAAGGAAACGUUCUGGGUCCGUUAAAAAAUCAAAUGUAGAAAAGGUCAGAAAUCACGGACCAUCUGUAAUGAAUCAAGUAUUUGUUGGAAGCCAUAACAUUGGAAAUAUCAACACCCCUGAUAACAUCAAUAGCCCAAUGAACAGUCAGGAUGAAUCAGUUCUUGUCCUGAAUGAUGAGAAAGUUUACGAGAACAAUGCUGCUAUUACCGCGAAGGAUCGUCAACCAAUUCCCAUAGCAAUGUUCGAGAGACACGUGAGGAAACUGAAGCAUAACAACAUGAAGGAACUAAAGUUAGAGUUCGAGGAUUUACCAAAUGGUCAAAUGUCCAAUUGGGAUGUCGCGAAGAAACCUCACAAUACUUCAAAAAACCGAUAUGGAAACGCUGUCACAUACAACCAUUCUCGUGUGAUACUCUCCGGAGAUGAAAAGGCUGACUAUAUUAAUGCUUCAUUUGUCGACGGCAAAACUGACAAUUAUUACAUCGCGACCCAAGGACCCAAACCCAAAACAGUCAACGACUUUUGGAGGAUGAUAUUCGAACACAAGUGUCCAACUAUUGUGAUGUUGACGACAUUAAAAGAAAUGGGAAAGGUGAAAUGUGAAAAGUAUUGGCCAGAUGAAUCCAAGAUAUACGGUACGAUCCAGGUGACCAUCACCAAGACAAAAGCUUUUGCUGAUUACGUCUUGAGGUCUGCAGUAGUGAGUAAGGAUGGUGAGCAUCACAAAGUUCAGCAGUUUCAUUACAUUUCAUGGCCGGACUAUGGCGUGCCUCGUCAUCCAACACAACUAUUGACAUUCAGGAAGCAUUUCAAAUCUUAUCACAAGACAAAAGCCGGUUUUGCCGUCAUCCAUUGUAGCGCUGGUGUUGGUCGUACUGGAGUAUUUAUUGCCAUAGAUAAAAUCCUCGAUGAUCUUGAUGAUGAUUAUGAAACAAAUAUUGAUGUAUUUGGCUUUGUGAAAGAGAUGAGAUCGCGGCGAAUAAACAUGGUGCAAACAGCGGAUCAGUACAUGUUUAUUUAUGACGCUAUUAUGGAGCAUAUCCAAUGUGGAGUGAAUGAAAUUGAGGCUAUGCAAAUCAAGGCCGAGAUCGUACAUCUAUCAAAACAGCUUGGGAAUGGAAGAACUGGAUUUGAAGAAAUAUUUGAACGUUUACAAUCAGUUACAACAGAACUACCUGAAGAAGUUUGUGAAGCUGCACUUUUGAAUGACAACAAGAAAAAAAAUCGCAAUCCUAAAAUAUAUCCAAGUGAAUCUAAUCGUCCACACCUUAGCCACCUGGAUCAAAUCGAGAAUUCCGACUACAUUAACGCGUGUUUUGUUGACGGUUACCUUGGCAAGAAUUAUUUUAUUGCCACCCAGACACCUUUAAAAGAAACCAUUAACGACUUUUGGAGGAUGGUUUGUCAAUAUAAGUCUUGCACCAUCGUUAUGCUGAAUCAACUCAACGAAAACAACCAGCAAUAUCCAAUGUUUUGGCCUACGCAACGAGCCAGAGCUCAAUCAUUUGGUAAAAGUACCGUCUUGUUGGAUUCAGUUGUAACAAAAGAUGACAUUACCGUGAGAAAGUUUAUUGUUUCGCCUACGAUGGACAUUAAAAAUGGUCGUAUGGUCCACAUGAUUCACUACGUAUCGUGGCCGGAUCAUGACGUUCCUAAAGAUGUUCACAGUAUGGUGGAAAUUUUAUCUGAAGUUGAAAAUUCACAAAGAGCUGCUGAUGUAAAGGGACCUGUCAUUGUUGUGUGCAGUGAUGGAGCAGGUCGAUCUGGAACCUAUAUUGCUAUCUCAAAUCUUGUCGACCGAGUCAAAAUUGUCCAAGCGAUGGAUGCCUUCCAAUGUAUCAAGCUGAUCCGGAAUAGACGCCCGCAGUUCGUCGAAACGGCGGAUCAAUUCAAACUCUGCUACCGUGCAGUGAACUGCGUAUUGGAGUUGUUCGACGACUACUCAAAUUUCUCGAAAAUAGGACAUCAAUUAAAGUUGGGUGAUACGCGUAAUCAACUACGCGUCACAGAAAAUUAUGGCGCCCACCCGAAAAAUAAUCACGGUUUGGCAGAAAUUUUACCUGAAGUGGAAGGUUUAAAAAGAACUGCUGAAGUCAAAGGAGCUGUCAUUGUUGUGUGCAGGUCAUCAGAUCGCGUUAAUCUGUCCAAGUGGUAGAUGUAUUUCAGUGCAUCUAAUUGCUGCGUUGCUCUCUGGAUCAGAGAUGCAACAAGUCACAUUGAAACAUCGCAAGCGUAACUUUCGGUGAAACAGCGCACUUUGAUUGGUUCAGAAACAUUUUUCCCUGUUCUUUACUUUGUCAUAAUGGACCAGUAGUCCAUUACAUGUAUGUUUUCAAAUAAACGUAAACAAAAUUGUGAAGCAAAUAGCCAAACGCAAAAAAAAAACAAAACAAAAACCAUAUAAGAAUGUGAGUUGAAGAAAGAACGCUUGUAAAGUGAGUUUUAUUAUCUGGACGACACAAUUUCAAACGAUUUAUUUUUUAAGAUAGUAGAGAGAGUCGUGCUUGGCGUAAAUCAAAUUUGGGUGAUAAAAAUAAUGCCCAACAUAUUGCUUUAAGUUUAGCCAAAAGUAUAGUAGUUUCAAAAAUGGUAUUUAUUGUAACGUUUUGUCUUUACUUAAGACAUCUUUAGACAAAAAUGAAUAUUAUUGCAUUCUUAAUAGGAUUUGCUACUUAUAUGUAAAUAAUCAUAUUUACAUAAAGUGCUAGAAUGCAAAAGAAAACAGUGUCAAAUACAUUACAUAAAUUACGAAGUUAGGAAGCACAAUAAAUUGCAGAUAAAAGGAAUAGCGUGGAAUAGACCUCUCUAGGACGUUAGGUGAAUGCUUGUGAUUAGGAUGCUCUCAUGAAUGGAGAGUUUGUAUGGAUCGUGAGAAGAGAAAAUUAUUUUAAAGUCGUCAAUAUGGUGGUGUUUCCACAUGUGUUUAUGUGAGCAAAAUUGCUGGAUUACGUAGGGCAGGAUAUUGGUUACCUGUGAGGAGAGAUAUUCCCAAAUGCUUUAAAAAUCUUGUGUCUAAAUGACGUUUGCUUUGACACACAUACGAUGCGUUGCAGCUGCCACACUUGAAUAAAUACACUAAUGGAAAAUUCACCCCUUCCGUUUACCGCAAACCUAUACCCUCACUAACCUCUUCACUAACUUCCACAGCUUCAUUACACUUAGUUAAAGAUGUUCACUAGCCUCCUGUGUAUUUAAUCAAAUCUCUCUCGAAAAUUUUUCCACAUAGAACUCUCAUUUACAAAAAAAAAAUUAAUCGUCAAAAGCGGCUCCUUCCCGCAUUUAUGACCAAAUGACACGUCGCUUUUUCAUCAACACAUCAAUUCUAAUAGAAUACACUCCCCGAACAGCCGAACAUGUUUAAUUCGUCAUACAUUUAUUAUAGUGUAAGCCUGUAAAA